AGCACAGGAGGAAGGGAGUAGUUCUCUCUCUGCCGCUCAGUGGUGUAACUGAAGCAAUAAGAAUCAUUUAUAUUGUCGUGGAUAUACCCUCAUUGAGUCACACAAAUAUCGCUCGCUUUGUGUACCAAGUGUCACAGUUAUACCUAAGCGAGUAAGGCCUCGUGAGAGUGGAAUAGAAUCAAGCGAGUUUUUCCUUUUACGGCUCUCGAAUUGCCCUUUUGACCGACUCCUCUUGCCAAGGGAGCAUUUUUCCUGACCCCCCCGCCCCCCCUUUUUGUCCUGCCCGUAUUUUUGGAGUGAGUGCGAGGACCCGGCCGGGGGAGUGAGACCUCGGCUCGGAAACCGGUUGUAGGGCGGCAGCAGGUUCGAGGCUCAGCCGCACUCCGCCCUCGGGCCCCUCGCCGAGCCAGGCCGAGGAGCAGGUGGCAAGCCGUUUCCCUUACCGUAUUUUUCCCCCCUUUUGACCCCAGCGUCGGAAAACCGCGAGUGAGGGAAGAGUGUGAAGUGAGUUAUGUUUCUAGGUGAUUGUUGAAGUUAGAGAGUGCACACAGAGAGCGGACCAUGUGUGCCCUGUGGUGGCUGACGAGGCUGUGGGCGGCGGCCGCUGUGCUGACGGCGGCGCUGUCGUCGACGCCCACCAAGGAUAACAAGGAGAAGCUGCCCUUCGAGGCUGUCUUUCAAGGGCUCUGCGACAACAGUGAACUCUGCGAACAGCUGUGUUUCAACCUCCACGACGGAACAUUUGAGUGUGACUGUCAACAAGGCUACACCCUCGAGCCCGACGGAUACAGCUGCACCAAACUGAACUACAGCAAGCCCGAUUCCUCCGUUCUGUACGAGAAGGAGGCGUCCUUCGUGGCCGUGUUGGAUGACGACUACCAAUCUGACUCUCCAGGGGACUACCAGCAUGACGACUACCAACGUGACGACUACCAGCGGGAUGACUACCAGCGCCUCGAUUACGCGCGCGACGACAAGUACGGCGACUACCGACGAGACGACUACCAGCGCGACCUGUCGAGGCUGGAGGACGCCGAGGACCAGCCCCACACGGCCGAGCUCCUGGAGGAUCCCUCUCGGCGCAAGGGCAGCAGCCAGCUCAUCGACAGGGCCGACAUCCUCAACUACGACAGAUAUAAGACUGAGCAUGAAUCCAGCCAGGAGGAUCUUGGAGCUGAGGAAGAAACCGGCCCGGAGACUUUCCUGGAGCUGGACACCCUGGACCUCAUCCAACCAUUCACUUCGCCUGGACCCAACCUGGAGCAGAAGGUACCCUCAGAGCUCCCCAACCUUCAAGCAACCGAGAGCCUCACACCCUUGUGUGAAAUGGAUUGUGGAAAAGGACAUUGCCACGUGGAUACUCAGGCUGGCAUCUCAAGGUGCAUGUGCCCCCUAGGACAUGCAGGCCGCUAUUGUCAUCCAGGUCCUCAGAUAGAAACGGCUAGGUUCCAUGGCUCUUCAUGGGUAGCCUUUGCCCCUCUUCGGGAGGCCUACAGGGAUGUCCAACUCACACUGGAGUUCAAGCCUGAGAGUCCUGAUGGAGUCCUGCUGGUGUCGGGGGAGAAUGACGAUCUCAGUGGGGACUUCAUGGCUGCAGUGCUCCUCAAUGGCUAUGUUGAGUUCAGAUGGGACUGUGGUUCAGGUGCAGGGUCUGUCCGCUCACCCGAGGGAGUGCACAUGGGCGAGUGGAACCGGCUUACUGUGUAUCGGCACCGCUGGGAUGUUUGGCUGCAGCUCAAUGAUGGCCACCAUAUUCAAGGCCGAUCUGAGGGACUCUUCUCAAGGAUCACUUUCCGUGAACCUCUCUACGUUGGGGGCUCCAACAACCUGACAUCCCUUGCAGUGCGUCUUGGUGUGACAACAGGCUUACAGGGAUGUGUCAGACGACUGCAGAUCAACGAUCAUGUUUAUCGUUUUCACAAGAAUGAUGCUCUUAGGGAACCCAAUCCCUCGUCAGAUUAUGCUGCUCUUGACGGUUUUGAUAUAAGUGAAUGCAUAGGUGAUGCUUGCAGUGAAGUAGAAUGCCAGCACGGAGGAAAAUGUGUGGCAUCGGUUCAGGACACCAGGAACAAUUCCAAUUUAGCUGCCACACCUCCACCUGCUUUCUUUCCUCCUCCACCUGCUGCUCCUAUAUGUCUGUGCCCGCUUGGCUAUGCUGGGGAUUUCUGUGAAAAGCAACUAAAUCUCGAGGUUCCUUCCUUCAAUGGCUCUGCCCACUUAGAAUUCCCAGCACUUGGAGGCUCUGUCUUAUCAUGGCUUGAGCUGGAAUUAGUGUUCCGUGCAGCCUCCACAGAUGGCAUCAUGCUGUAUGAGGGACAUCGAUCAGACGGCUCCAGCGACUUCAUUGCUGUCACACUCUCCCAGGCCCAUGUUCUGUUCACGCUCGAUUUGGGAUCUGGAAUGCUAACAUUACGGUCAGCCUACCCAAUCCGUCCUGGCGUGUGGCACUCAGUGCGAGUCUCUCGGACUGGCCGAUGGGCUUGGUUAUAUGUUGAUGACCAGCCUGUUGUGAGUGGUCUGACCCCUGGUGGUUUCACUAUGCUGUCUCUCUCACAUCCUCUAUAUCUUGGAGGUAUCCCACCCACCUCAGUCUCUCAGCCAAUACUACCAGCAUCGCAGGCCUUUGUGGGCUGCAUACAAAAGUUAUCACUGAAUGGACGACCAAUCCACUUGGUAUCUGGAGCCGUUUCUGGCAGUAAUGUUGGAUCUUGCGAUCACCCAUGCUCUGAGCGCCCUUGUGAUAAUGGCGGAGUAUGUGAGCCACACGGCCCUACCUACACAUGCCGCUGCCCUCUAGGAUUCAAGGAUGAGCACUGCAGGAGUCGAGUGGUGACGCAGGUUCUCACACCAAGUUUCAGUGGGCGUUCUUUCCUGAAGUACUCAGAUCCAGAGAUAAUGAAGCGAGUGUCAGGUGACAAACUCCAUUUGUGGUUAAGAUUCCGCUCCCUGACGCCCAAUGGCCUCCUGAUCUGGGCUGGAGAGGAGGAGGAUGAUGGAGAAACUGACGUACUGAUCCCACCUAUUGGAGAUUCGCUGAGCCUAGAGUUGCAAGAUGGACGUCUUGUGCUCCGGUACAACCUUGGCUCUGGGUAUGCUAGGCUCAUGUACAAUAACAGUGGUCCAUUGGAUGAUGGGCAGUGGCACACUGUGAGGAUUUCCAGGUAUGAGAGAGAAGCCCACGUGUCUGUUGAUGGUGAGGACCAAAUUGUAGUUGUCUCUCCAGGUGAUCUUGUGCAACUUAAUGUUGACUCAUCACUCUAUGUUGGUGGGCGUGAAACAUUCAGAGGUGCUCACAGUGGCUACAUGACCCCUGGGCUGACGGGCUGCAUAGCUGACCUGACUCUCGCUACAGACUAUCAUGUUGAUCUUAUAACUCAGGCAGCGGCAGGGCAAAAUAUUGAUUACUGCUGACCGGGCCGAGGGUAGGUGGGAUGUGGAAGAUGAAAAGAGAGAGAGAGAGAGAGAGAGAAAGAAAGGAAGAAAGAAAGACAGAAAGAAAGAGAGAGA